AUCUAACACAACUUAAGACAGACCUAGUUAACUUUCCAGAAUCAACUGUACUAUAAAUAGAUUUCUUAUGUAUGGUGUUAGAAAAAUCAUUUAGGGUUACUAAAAGAUGAGUUUACUUAUGCAAAAUAUGAGCAAUUUCUUAAUCAUAAGUCUUAAGUCAUGUACUAAUAGAGAAAAAAGUCUUAAAAUUAAUAAACUUUCUACAAAUUCAAAAGUUUAAUUACAAGCCUAUGGAAAAGACUCAUUGAUAGUUUCUGGGGAUCAGAGAUAGCAACUAAUGUAACAUGAGUAACUAAUUGUAUGUAAUGAAUAGAAAGCAAUUAGGAGAAAGGAAAUAUGAAUUCCAUUAAGACUGUCAUACUUUUUUCGUUAGAAGAUAGGGAGAGCGUCAAAUAGAUAGGAUGUUAUUCAAAUUCACUUCCUAAGAAACUUAAUUAUAAAAAAAAUCGACUUUUAAAAAUGUUAUCCGAUCCAAACACUAAUUUAUAUAAUGUCUUCCAUUACAAGGUGUUUCAAGUAUACAUGCAUCGAAUAUCAUUAGGAUAUUCGACAAAUUAGAAAAAUCUUAACCUGAAAAAAAAAAUACUAAAUAUAUAAUUAGGAUAAAAAUAGAACAUUGUUAAUACAUACAUACAAUCAAUUAAUAUGAUUUAAAUUAUCUUAUUGGAGUUUAACCAAUAAUUUAUAAACCAAUUAAUCUAAACAAAUCUUGAUUAUAUUUAAUUUAUGAUUUAAACUCAAGCCCAUCUUCCACAAGAAUGGAUCGAUUUCUUAGAUAAGAUCAAAAACCUAGACCCAAUCGAUGUAGAAACAGUAACUUAAUAUGUAAAAGUGCGGGUCAACCACUUUCCAACGGAUUAAUAAAUGACAGAAUACUACGAAGAAGUAUUUUCGAAGUAAUGUGUUAUUUUCAUUAUGUUUAGAUCCACUAGCGAUGUAAACCGGAAGAAAUGGCAUUAGUAAGACAAAAACCUACUUAUAUGGUGUAUGACCAAGCACCUAAUGUCAUAGAAUCGAUCAGAGCUCAUUCCUGUAAUUGUUAAAUUUAAUAUUUAAGAAUGACGAUGAUUGGGAGUUUGUAUCAAAAAUUCUGUGUGUAGAUAAAAAUUUAGUCGAGUUAAAAUGGAUUUCUCUUCUCCAUUCCAAUUUAAAAAUUAGUCCUUGGUCAAAGGAAGAGGAUUAGAUACUGAUUAACAUUGCAAAGUAUCCUUAUUUAAUCAAUAAUUAAGUGAUCAUUAUUAUAAAAACAAUUGGACUGAAUUGACUAUCAAAUUCAAUUCCAUAUCUUCUACACAGAGAUAUCCCAAAUAGAUACGAGAACGCUGGAACAAUGUGCUCAAUCCCAACAUCUCAAGAUCAACCUGGACAAAGGAAGAAAAAAUUAAGUUACUUCAAUUGAUUUUGAACUAUGGUAAAAAAUGGUCCAAAAUCUAAGCUGAGUUAAAUGGAAGAAGUGAAAAUUAAAUUAAAAAUUAAUACAAUGGAAUUAUUAGAAAUUUAAAAAGAUUUAAUGUAAUUACUUACAUCUAAUCAGUAGGUCCAAGAAAGUGAGGAAAGAUUGCUGAUCAAAGCAAUAAUAGAAAAUCCAGAUCAGAAGUUAAGUCUGACAGUUACACAAUUCAUGUCAGACUUCCUAGCCAAAAAAGACUCCUCAAAAAACAUUGAACCUAAUCAAAUCAAUCAGCUCACUGAAUCUUAAACCCAAAAGAAACUCUGUGUUGACCCCUCUCCAUUAGAAUCAGGGAUCACUGCCACUAGUACUAUAUCUAUAUUUAUAAAAGAUAUCUUAUUAUAAGAAAAGUUGAAUUAAUGUAAAGAGGUGCAAUAACAGAUGAUGCAAACAUCCAUUCAAUAAAAUUAAUAUCUCUCAAAUCCUUAAUAAUAGCACAAUUAAUCUAUGCCAAUACCAUAGAACCAGUAUUUUUACAAUAAUGCCACUUAUCCAAAUUAUUACCCAAAUUAUUAUUAAUAAAAUUAACAAUAUAUAAACUAUCCUAACUACAAUUAAGUGUAAUCGUUAAUGCCAUACUAGUAAUAUCAUUAUCCCUAUUUUUGA